UCCCAAGAAAACUAAUUGAGACCGGAUUUCACUUAACGAAUCCCUCGAUAUAUACAUUUUGUCGUGUAUGGAUGGAUACUGCAUUCGAAGAUUUAUGCAUAACUGAUCGAGACAGAAAAAAUUGGAGCAGAAUGGAUAAGAGAAAGAAGAUUGACCAAGAAGACAAUAGCAUUGACCGAGAGUUCAUAUCCAAAAACCUCGAGGCUGAAAGAAGGAGGCGAAAGAAACUCAACGAUAGACAGCUCGAGCUCCGCUCCUUAGUCCCGAUUAUCACAAAUGCAGGAAGUCAAAACCCUUUUUCUUUUUUUGGUUUUUUAUAAUUAUUUUAUAUUACUUUUACUUUUGACAGUGUAAUGAUGGAUGUAUAUAUGUAGAUGAAUAAAGCAACCAUAAUAACCGAUGCAAUCGCUUACAUUGAAGAGCUGAGAAAUUCCGUCGAAGAGCUUACUGACCAAAUACUCCAAAUGGAGGCCACCGACGAAAACAGAAACACCAAAAAUGAAGACAUUAAUAUUAAUGACGACGACCACCCGAUGAAAAUCGCGCCGGAAGUUGAGGUAAACCACAUUUGCGGGACGAAGAUAUGGAUAAAGAUUAUCGUACAGAAGAAGAGAGGAAGGCUAACUAAACUAAUGGAAGCAAUUAGUGUGAUUGGAUUUCAUCUCACUGAUAUCAGCAUUACUACCUCACAACAAGCCAUUCUUUUUACUUCAUCUGCAGAGGGAGUUCAUGGUGGAGUGCAGGAUGCUGAUCAGAUAAAAAAAAUCCUGUUGGAAAUUAUAAGGAGCAUUUAGAGGAAUUAAUUAUAUUUAAUGGACAAUUAUUUUAUAUAUUCACCAAUUGAUCUCUGUACCUAAUUCAGCACGGUAAUCAAACUAUUACUAUCAAC